UUCAUAAUCCUAGUUACGAUACCGAAGAGAAGACCUGUGAGCAGCCUCAACGGACAACAAUGGCGACUGAACUGGAAGAACUACUAGACUUCCUAUCUUCUCCAUCUCCCUCUGUGAAAAAGGCAGCUGUUGAUAUUGUUCGUGGAUUAACUGGGUCUGAGGAUGGUUUGCAGUCCCUUUCCAAGCAUGCAAAAGUUCUGCUUUCAUCACUGUCUCGACUUCUAAGUGAAAAUAAGGAGGUUGCAGAACCAGCUGCAGAAGCUCUUGUAAAUCUCUCCCAGAAUUCGGAACUAGCUGCGAAGAUGGUUGAAAUGGGAAUGAUUAAAAUUGCCAUGGACUUGUUGUACAAGCCUGAUUCUAGCAUUUCUAGGUUGCUGGUUAUGCUUCUAGUCAAUCUCACACAGUUGGAUGAUGGCAUUUCUUCCUUGCUUCAGAGUGGUGAUGAGAAAAUGCAAGGACUCUAUGUCAUGAAGCUUGUUAGGUCAUUCUGCCGAUCCGGUAGUGAAACUAGUGAUGACCCAUUUGAGCAUGUUGGUUCAAUACUUGUAAACAUAUCAAAGAAAGAAGAAGGAAGGAAAAUGUUGCUGGACCCUAGGAGAGGGUUGCUGAAGCAGAUUAUUAGACAGUUUGAUUCAACCAGUCAAUUGCGGAAGAAAGGGGUUUCUGGAACUGUUCGUAACUGCUGUUUCGAAGCUGAGAAUCAACUACAGAAUCUACUUUUGAUAUCUGAGUUUCUUUGGCCAGCUCUACUUCUACCUGUUGCUGGCAGCAAGAUAUACAGUGAGCAGGACACCUCAAAAAUGCCAUUGGAGCUUGCAAGUGCACUAUCGAUUGAGCGAGAACCAGUUAAUGAUCCAGAGAUUCGUGUUCAAGCAUUGGAGGCUAUAUAUCUGAUAACAUUACAGGAGGCAGGUAGAAGAGCAUUUUGGUCUGUGAAUGGACCAAGAAUCCUACAAAUAGGAUAUGAAGAUGAGGAAGAUCCAAAAGUAAUGGAAGCAUACGAGCAAAUUGGUUCAUUGCUGGUUAACGUCAGCGGCACAGAAGAGUAAUCCAAUUAAAUCUCAAAGUAGCAGUGUAUUUCAUUCUUCUUUAUAUCAACCAGGAUAAUGCAUUGAUCGGAUUAUAAGGGUCAUCUGAAGUUUAGACAGGUUUGCUAUCAAAAAGAGAGAAGACGAAGAAGAAUUCUUUAUGUGGCGGAAAUUUCACUGUUUAAUUUCAAACUCUUGUUAGUUCCUGUAUGAGAUUUAUAAUUUUUUCUGUCGUUCACUCAAUUUAUAGAGCAAGAGAGAAAGUUGUGAUGUUCCGUUCCUCGACUUUCUCUCGACGAGAAAGAAGUAGUUUAAAUUUAUAAUCCGUUGUGGUUAAUUUCA